CCGCUUGGCGAUGCCACUCUGGUCCAGAGAAUGAAAGAGAACUCAACGACGCAAAUUAUUGAACAUGAAGCCGUCACUACAUUCUCUAGAGAUAAUCUCCGCAAGCUUCAAUCCCUUGAGGAAAUACAUGAUGUUUCAAUUUCAGUCGAGAAACUUGCAGGACGUAUCGUAAUUCGUGGACUGCCUUCAGACAUUCUUAACGUUUCAGGUGAGAUCCAUACGAUUUUGCACAAAUUGAAAGAGGAAGAACACGAUUGUAAGCGAGCAAGGGCGUUGUCAAAGGAUAUUAGAUGGAUGUACCAUGAUGGCGAUAGAUUUGUGGAAUAUGGAAGCCUCAUAAAUGCAAAGAUCGAAGCUGCCUAUAGUCAGAAGAAAUGCGGAGUGACCAUAACUUCUGAAGAGGAAGAAGAUUUCCAAAUUGAUUUCAGCUCAAUGACAAUGACCGAUCCGCAUGGCGAUGCCACUCCAGUCCAGAGAAUCGAUCUGCGAAAAGGGGUCCUGCUUCCUGCUUACUGGAUUCCACAACCAAAAGACUCACAGGGCUUAGAAAUGACUGUACAUCUUGUUGAGCUGGAUCAUGAGAAAGACGCACAGCAGUACAAGAGUGUUUAGGACCGAUUCCUGCAAACCUGUUCCGGCAACAAAAUUGUAAGGAUAGAACGAGUUCAAAAUCCAGCUCUCUUUAGCUCGUACAUGAUCCGAAAACAGAAGAUGGAUGAGACGAAGGGAAGCAACGAGCAGUUGUUAUUUCACGGAACUCCGGGUGAUAACUGCAAAUUAAUAAAUCACACAGGUUUCAACAGAAGCUUUCAUGGUAAAAAUGCAACCAUGUACGGAAAUGGCGUAUAUUUUACAGUAGAUGCCUCGUACUCAGCUCGGUCAAGCUAUUCACUCCCCGACACGAGUGGUCUGCGGUACAUGUAUUAUAGUAGAGUCCUGGUUGGUGAGUAUACACAAGGCAAGCAAGGUCUCCUCACGCCUCCAGCAAAGAAUCCAAAUGAUCCAACUGACACCUAUGAUAGCGUGGUGGAUCAAAUCCCCAACCCGAAAAUCUUUGUUGUGUUCUGUGACUGGCAGUGCUACCCAGAGUACUUGAUUACCUUUCGCUGACCUGCACACGGUUUUCGGCGCUAUUUAGUGUAACACAACAUGUGCUUCUUUGAAUAGCUAGGCAACAACAACACUAUGGUAUUCGGCCGACAUUUCA